AUGGAUAAUCCAAAACAUAUAUCAUUUGUUAAAUUUAUGGAGUAUGAUUUUGUUAGAAAAUGUCUAUAUAAAAAUGUUCACUUAUUAACUGAUAUUGAAAAUCUUGCAAAAUCAACUAAUGAAUUACAAUAUUUUUUUGAAAAUGAUAAAAUUAAAAAAGAUAUAAUGUGGUUAAAGGAUGAUCAAUAUUUAUCAGUUAAUGUUGAAGAAGAGUUAAUGCAAAUCUCUGAUAUACCAAUUUUAGAAAAAAUUACCUUUCAAAAAGAUACAAAAUCAUCUGAAUUGUUAAGUACAGCAAGUCAAUAUCAUGGAGAAAUUAUUUUAUAUAAAAAUCAAUUAACAUUUGAUGUAAAUUUUAAUGUUACUGAAAUAACAUAUGAAGAACGUACAAAAAUUGUUGAAAAAUUUAUUGAAGAAUUAAAUUUAAAUGAUCAAUUACGAAAAGAUGCAACAACAUUAAAAUUUAUAAAUUCUUGUAAUCAAAACAGUUCAAUGAUACUACAAGCUUUAAGUCUUAUGAAUCAUAGUAACAUAAAGCGUAUUGAAAUUCCAACAAACACUUUAUUGAAUGAUCAAUAUAUAUGUCGUAAAAAAUUUCCUUUAAAAAAAAUUUUUCAAGGUUUUCCUAAUCUUCAUGAAGUUUCUCUUUAUGUCCCAAAUCACAAAUGUAACUAUAUUGAUGUAAUAGAUGAAGAAAAUGUUAUAGCAUAUAUUAUAAAAAAUUUAUCAAGAAAAAAAAAUGCUACAUUAAUAUUUAAUAAUAUAGAUCCAUGUAAUUAUUCAAUGACUAAAAGUAUUGAAACAAUUUAUAAAUUUUCUGGUCAAUAUAAUGUUGAGAUAAAAGUUGAGUUAAAUUCAAGUUUUUCUGAUUACUACAGUAUAUCUGAAGUUUUUUUUCAUCCAAUAGAAUUAUGGUAUUCAAUAAAUAAGAUAGUGAUCUCAGAUUCACACAUUAUAAGUGGUCCAAAACGUUAUAUAAAAUCAAUGAUAUAUUUGAAGUUUUUUGUAACUUUAGAAAAGUUAAUGCUAUCAUUUAAUAAUUUUGACAUUAAACAAGGUAUUUUCCCUGUUUAUAAAUUGUAUCCUGAAGUUUUCUCCCUAAAACACUUUAAUCAAUUGAAAAAAAUUACAUUAUAUUUUUCUCUAUCUUCUUGUGAUGGAUAUGAUAAAAUGGUAAAGUUAUUUCAAAACAAUUUAAUAUUUUUAGGAUCAUUAAUGCCUAAUACUAUUGAAGAGUUAGAGAUAAUUAAUGGUUAUGAAUUAUCAACAGAAGUAACUGAAGUAUUACAUAAAAAUAUGCCAAAUAUUAAAGUACUAUAUACUAAUGAUGUAACAUUCAAAGAUAAUGAUUGUCUAUGUUCAUUUAAAAAUUUAAAAUUUUUUAUAUCAAAAGGAUGUCCUUUUAUUAAAGUUCCAAAGACUGUAGAACUUGUUGUUGUUGGACAUAGAUAUUUUCAUGUUAGUAGGAGAAAACAAAGUCCUUGUCAAAAAAUCAUAAAACAUUAUUCUGAAAGAUUUUCAAAAUAUUUGUAUGAUAUUACAGGUAAAUAUAUAUUCUUCAAUGAUAUUACCAAAUGGAGUCAAUACAAGUUUAUGAUUCAAAAUAUUUUCUAUUAA